GCAAGUCUAGUUGAGGUAGAAGAAGCUGCUAGAGUUGCCAAUGCCCAUUCAUUCAUUGUCAAACUUCCUGAUGGCUAUGAUACUCAGGUAGGGGAGCGAGGAUUGCAACUCUCAGGUGGACAGAAGCAAAGAAUAGCUAUAGCAAGAGCAAUGCUGAAAAACCCAGCAAUUUUGCUUUUAGAUGAAGCAACAAGUGCAUUAGAUUCUGAAUCAGAAAAGCUAGUACAGGAGGCACUUGAUCGCUUCAUGAUUGGGAGGACAACUCUUGUCAUUGCUCACCGCCUCUCCACUAUCCAGAAGGCAGAUCUUGUUGCUGUGCUGCAGCAGGGUAGCGUCUCUGAAAUUGGAAUGCACGAGGAGCUCAUGAGAAAAGGAGACAACGGUGUCUAUGCCAAGCUUAUACGAAUGCAGGAAAUGGCCCAUGAAACUGCUCUUAAUAAUGCCAGAAAGAGCAGUGCAAGACCUUCUAGUGCAAGGAACUCAGUAAGCUCACCAAUAAUUGCCCGAAACUCCUCCUAUGGCCGAUCACCAUUCUCACGCCGGCUAUCUGACUUCUCUACUUCUGACUUCAGUCUCUCCCUGGAUGCUGCAUACCCCAAUUAUCGGCAUGAAAAACUUGCAUUCAAGGAGCAAGCCAGUUCCUUCUGGCGCCUUGCAAAAAUGAACUCUCCUGAAUGGGCCUAUGCUUUAGUUGGCUCCAUUGGCUCCAUUGUUUGUGGCUCUCUUAGUGCCUUCUUUGCAUAUGUCCUGAGUGCUGUCCUUAGUGUCUACUACAACCCAAACCAUGGUUACAUGAGCAGAGAGAUUGCAAAAUACUGCUACCUUCUAAUUGGUGUUUCAUCAGCUGCACUUAUUUUCAACACACUGCAGCAUUUCUUCUGGGAUGUUGUGGGAGAAAAUUUAACGAAACGGGUGAGAGAGAAAAUGCUGGCAGCAAUUAUGAAAAAUGAAAUGGCAUGGUUUGAUCAGGAGGAAAAUGAAAGUUCUAGGAUUGCAGCUCGGUUGGCUCUUGAUGCCAACAAUGUGAGGUCUGCUAUUGGGGACCGCAUCUCAGUGAUCAUGCAGAACUCAGCUCUCAUGCUAGUAGCCUGCACGGCAGGGUUUGUUUUGCAGUGGCGCCUAGCCCUUGUCCUCGUUGCUGUCUUCCCUGUGGUUGUCGCGGCCACUGUUUUGCAGGUUUGUUUUCCUACAACCAAGUCCUAA